AUGUCACCGGCAUUGCAGUUCAUUGAGAACCUGAACUUGAAGAUAACCGUUAGUGCAAAGGAACAACAGAUUUACUCACAAACCAUCUGUGAGCUGCACAUCAGCAGUUACCUGGUGACCAACCAACCUAGUGAAUGGAUAAUAUCGCUACGUUGGGUUCUUUACAUGUCCCCGCAAUAUCACAGCCUCUUGGAUGCCAGGCAUCCCAUGGCACUCCUGAUCCUCGCCCACUACUGUCUGCUAAUCCGCCAAUUAAAGAUGGAAUGGUUUAUGCAGAGUUGGAGUGAACGAGUCCUCAUCACUGUGCACAAUUUGUUGGAUAAAGAGUGGCAGGCCUACCUCUCGUGGGUCAUGUGA